CCUCCUUCCUUGGGCACUGGUGCAAGGAGGGGCCUGGGCAUAUAUAUAUGGGCAUAUAGGGAGCCACUGUGGGUGGGGCUGGCCAGAGAGGCUUCUGCAGUAAAGGCAGGACAAUGUCUUCUGUAGCAACAGAGGUGGAGAAAGGGUCUCCAGUGGUGGUAGGACUGUUGGUUGUUGGCAACAUCAUUGUUCUGCUAUCAGGUCUGGCUCUGUUUGCCGAGACGGUAUGGGUGACCGCUGACCAGUACCGUGUGUACCCGCUGAUGGGCGUCUCAGGCAAGGACGACGUCUUUGCUGGUGCCUGGAUCGCCAUAUUCUGUGGCUUCUCUUUCUUCGUUGUGGCCAGCUUUGGUGUGGGAGCAGCACUCUGCCGCCGCCGGUCCAUGGUCCUAACGUACCUGCUGCUGAUGUUCGUCGUGUACGUGUUCGAGUGCGCCUCGUGCAUCACGUCCUACACCCACCGCGACUACAUGGUGUCCAACCCGUCCCUGAUCACCAAGCAGAUGUUGACCUUCUACAGCGCAGACACUGACCAGGGCCAGGAGCUGACCCGCCUCUGGGACCGCAUCAUGAUGGAGCAAGAAUGUUGUGGUACAUCUGGCCCAAUGGACUGGGUGAACUACACGUCGACCUUCCGGGCCGCCACUCCAGAGGUGGUAUUCCCCUGGCCCCCACUGUGCUGCCGUCGGACAGGAAACUUCAUUCCCAUCAAUGAAGAAGGCUGCCGCGUGGGCCACGUGGAGUACCUGUUCACCAAGGGCUGCUUUGAGCACAUCGGCCAUGCCAUCGACAGCUACACAUGGGGCAUCUCAUGGUUCGGGUUCGCCAUCCUGAUGUGGACGCUCCCAGUGAUGCUGAUAGCCAUGUACCUCUAUGCCACCCUCUGAGGACGAGAGAGGGCAGCCGUGCUCUCAGGCUCCUGCCCGCCUCCCCAGUGCCACGGCCUCUUCACGCCCUGCCUCCUUCCUGCACAUCCUCCUUGUUUCUCCCUCCUCACAUCCCUUAACCUGCCUGUCUCCCACUCCCAGAAUCAAUCCCUUUCAAGGGUCAGGAGCCUUGCUGGGCCCCAGGAGUGCUCCCAGGCCUAGAUUUGUGCCUGAACCCUUGACCUCAUUUCACUUGGUUAAUUCCUGGUCCAUUGGUCAAGUGACAACAUAAGGUCUUGUCCUCAGGUCCCUUCCCUGGUCCUCCAGCCCACUUAUAGACGCCACUCUUGUAGCUCCCGGUUCCCCUUUACAGCAGCUGUAGUUACUGCUGCUGAGCAGUGUGAUUGGCUGUUUCAGCUCUGAGACACUAAGAUUGUCCUGAGAGGCAUGACAAGUUAUGUCAUGGUCAUUUUGUUGUCCCUAUCAUCAUCCAGUACAUGGCUGAGCAUGGAAACCAGGUGUUCAAUAAAUUUUGACUGUUUAAAUAAGUAA